GAGUCGGAUCACACUUGCAUUUCAAAAAGACUAAUUAACGAACCAACCAACCAAUGGUUAUGAAAGCGUAAAUUAAACAAUUAUUUUAAAUAAACAAUAACGGAACAACUUUCAACUGCGAAACAUGAUCCUACGUUGAUUACGGGGAGGCGUGAGCGCGAGAGAGUGACCGCCCCCGGGCAGUGUUCUGAAUCACGCGCCGAACACAGCGGUCAGCUCGAGCGCAGGACCCGACGGGACAGGUUAUUUCACCAACGGACACAUUUUCACGACCCUUUCACCCUGUCGGAUCGCAGUUUCCCAAGUCCAACGGCGUCAGCUUUAAUGAAAACAUUGGAGUAAACAGCCCAAUAUAUGCCACACAGAGGAGGUGGACAUUUGUGAAACGUCACCUCUACCGACGGCUCAGUGGGAGAGACAUUUACAGGUACAUAUGGGGCAAGGAGAAGCUUCUGCCAGAGGCACAACCAUGGAGGGCGAUUGUCUCAGCUGCGUCAAGUACCUCAUGUUCAUUUUUAACUUCUUCAUAUUUCUUGGAGGCACCUUUUUGUUGGGUGUGGCUAUCUGGGUGCUGGUGGACCCCACGGGUUUCAGAGAGAUUGUGGCAGCCAACCCACUGCUCUUCACCGGCGUCUACGUGAUCCUGGCCAUGGGAAGCAUGCUCUUCCUGCUCGGAUUCCUGGGCUGCUGUGGAGCCAUUCGGGAAAACAAGUGUCUGCUGCUGUUUUUCUUCCUGCUCAUACUGAUCAUAUUCCUAGCAGAGCUGGCUGCUGCCAUUCUUGCCUUCAUAUUUCGAGAGCAUCUCACCAGAGAUUACUUCACCAAGGAGCUGAAAACGUAUUACUACGGCAGCAACAACACCGAUGUCUUCACUGCCACCUGGAACACCAUUAUGACCACUUUUGAAUGUUGUGGUGUGAACAGUGCUGAAGACUUUGAUGAGCACAGCCUCUUCAGACGCCUGAACCCUGGCAGAGUGGUGCCGGAGGUCUGCUGUCAGAGGAGUGACCUGGGGAUGAACAAGGAAGACUGUAUCGGGGGGAUCUCUAUCCACAACAAGGGCUGUUAUUCAGCUGUCGUGGAUUACUUCGAGACAUACAUCUAUAUGGCUGGUGCUCUAGCUAUUGUGGUGUUGACCAUUGAACUCUUUGCAAUGGUGUUUGCCAUGUGCUUGUUCCGAGGGAUACAAUAGUCCUUCAUACUGUAUCAAAAGACAUUUCAGAAAUGAAAAAGGCCUAAAAAGUUACAACAAUUGUAUAUAUGUAUCAUCUCUGUGUUUCUGAGGUGGAUUUGCCAACGAUGACCAAAUUGUACUUCACAGCUGGACCUUUGAGGUACUUGAAAGUAGAACCUGAAACAUCACAAAUGAGAGAAGCAAAGGAUGAGACAUUCACUGAAGUGGCAGAAUCUCAAGGCAGUACUUUAACCUGGAUGAAGGGAGAUCUUGCACUGACAUUUGGACGGAUAUUUAUAGAUAACAAUUAAUUCAUUUGUACAGGAACAGUGUACACACUGUCACCUAUUUCACUACUCCUUCGAGCCAUACUAAAAACCUUACCACAAUGUUUGAGUUGUGUGCGUGCGUGGCAUGUGUGUGUACGUAUGUCUGUGUGUGUGUGUUUUCAGAGCCUGACAUCUUCUAUAUUGUAAUGUGAUGUGCAUUGCAACAGUGUAUAUUUUAUAUGAAUUUAGCAGUGAUGUGUUGUGUGUGUUUGUACUGUUCAUAGUCUCUCUAUAUAACAUUGGUAUUAAAAAAAUUAAAAAAAACA